UACGAUGGUAAAUACGUACUUACAGCUUCACAGGCUCACAGCUUACAAAAUUCUCAAUAACACAAUAGUUAAUAGGAAAAAUUACCUACUAAUUCUUUAGCAAACUUAAAAGCACUUAUAAACAAAAUGAUUGAACCACUUACCGAAAUUCAGCUGAAAGAGAUUCAAAAUUGUUGUCCAAGAUCAAAGGCAGAGAUUGAUCAAAAUGUUGAUAUCAUAAGACACUGGUUGAAUAAACAACCACAUCUACCCAAAACAAGCGAUGAAUUCAUAAAAAAAGUGUUAUUUAGCUUAAAAUACCGCACAGAAAAAGUUAAACUUGUGAUUGAUAAUUACUAUACUGUAAAAGAAUUAUUUCCCCAAAUUUAUGGAGACUUAGAUCCAACAUCAGAAACUUUUCAAAAACACGUAGAAGUUGUUCACAUGUUUCCAUUGCCUAAACUCACGCCGGAGUUCCAUAGAGUGCUCUGUUACCGGAUGGUGUCAACAGAUGCGAAAGCGAUUUGUCCCGAUAGUCAAUUAAAACGCAAUGAAAUGAUGUGGAAUUGGUUGUUCAACGAAGACGAAUUAACAUUAGGAGAUAUUUGGAUAUUCGAUGUGACCAAUAUGGUGUCUAUGGCUCAAUGGGCUCACUUCAAUCUCAGUUUUAUGAAAAAAAUUCUUAAAAUAAAUAUGGAAGCAAAACCAGUGAGGAUUAAGCGAGUUCAUUUUGUAAACAUAGCACCAAUAGCCGAAACCUCGCUUAAUUUUAUAAAACACUUUUUCCCACAAAAAUAUAAGAAUAGAAUUUUAUUUAACGCAACUAUCGAAAGUCUUCAAGAAUUUUACCCAAUCGAUAUCCUUCCAAACGAAUGGGGUGGUAAAGCUGGAAGUAUGGCUGAACUUAAUCAAAGAAUGCAUGAAGAACUAAUAAAACAUAGAAGUUGGUGUAUUGCAAUGGAAGGGUUGAAAGCUGAUUCUAGUAAGCGAAUCGGUCAAUCUAAGACGGCUGAUACGUCAAUAAUGGGUGUCGAAGGAAACUUCAAGAAACUUUGUUUCGAUUAAAUACGGCAGGAUAAUAACUAAUAAAUAAUCUUAUGUGUAUAAUACAGUGUAAAUUAUGUUAAAAAUCUAAAUUUCAGUAUUGUAAUUAUUUUUGUAUAUUAUAUGGUUAAUCAGUGAUCUGAAAUACAAAGAAACACAUUUUAUCUAAAUACGACAAUUUAUAAUAAUAUACGUAUACAG